AUGGAGAAUCUUUCCAUAGGAAACGAGCUCAAGGAUUCGUACAGCAUCACAGAGAAAUGGGUCACCAACGGAAUCAAUUGGUUAACGGACAUUGACGAAUUUUAUAAAGAGAGAGCCAUCAUUGAGAGGGAAUAUGCCACCAAGCUUCGGGAGUUGACCAAACGUCACUUCGACAAGAAAGCAAAGAACUCGUCGCGGUUGUCGGUGGGAGACGAGCCUCAGAUCACACCUGGAUCACUAGAGUCUGCGUCUGUGGUACUCUGGAACGAGGUUUUGACCCAAACAGAAGCUAUUGCCAAAGAGAGAGAUCACUUUGCGCUGGAAAUCAGCAACAAGAUUUGCUCCAACUUGGACAAAUUGCAGGUCAAGCUGAACAAGAUAGCAAGACAUAUUGCUACUAUUAACGAAUUCUUGGAUCUGGAGAAAAAGGCCACAGAAGAUGACGUUUCUAAGGCUAAGAAGAACUACGAUGCGCUUUGCCAGGGUACAGAGAAUGCCCGACAGAAGACAGAGAAGUCUGCCGGUGACAAGUAUCUGCGGCGUCUUGAAGAGAAGGAGGUGGAGAUGAACAUCGGAAAGAACAAUUACUUGAUCCGGAUCAGUGUAGCCAACCGCUUGAAAGACAAGUACUAUUUCCAGGACUUGCCAGAGCUUCUCGACUACUUCCAGGAUUUGAACGAGUCGAGAGUGGGGAUCUUGAACAAGCUCUUGAAGAAUGCCAGCAUAAUUGAGCGCAACAGCAACGAUAAGGUUAAGGAACAUUUACACGAGAUCGAUAGUACCAUCGAGCAGAAUAACCCCAAGUUGGAUACUGCUAUGUAUAUCAAGCACAAUGCGGUGGCUUGGAAGGAGCCACAGGACUUCUACUUCAUCCCUUGUGAUUUCUGGCACGACGACGAGUCUCUUAUCAUUAAAGAGCCUGAAUUGACAGACUUGAAGAAACGCUUGAAUGUUAGCUUAAAUGGAUAUGCUGUUUCCAAAGAGUCUACACUUAGUGCCAAGCAGAAGCUUGAGGAGGUGUCACAGAAGCGGAAAGCCAGCGACGACUCGCUCACUUUGAAGUUUGACAUGGCGUUAGAUGAUGCAUUGACCCUACUUCAGAAGUUCAUGCGUGAAGAUUCCGCGAGGGUCAAGAACGAAGUCGAGAUCGAGAUUAUUCAGAAUUUCGCAGGAGAUCAAGAUUUAUCGUAUGUGGAGGUGAAGAAGGAGAAGAAGAGAACAUCAGCAGGCAAGGCCACUGCCAUCUACCCGUACGAGGCUACUGGUAAUGACGAAAUAUCAAUGGCACAGGGCGAAGAUCUUGAUGUGGUAGAGGAAGAUGACGGAUCUGGCUGGACAAUGGUAAGACUGACUCAGAGUGGAAAGCAGGGCCUCGCACCUACAAGUUACUUAGAGAUUAACAAGAAUUACGACGGGAACAAGAAGAAAGGACCGUCUGUUGCACCCAAAAGAGGAGCAAAGAGGGUGCAGUAUGUGGAGGCUUUGUAUGAUUACACUGCCGAUGAAGAUAAUGAAUUGAGCAUCGUUGCAGGCGACAGAAUAGUGUUGAUACAAGAAGACACGGAUGGGAGUGGAUGGACAGAAGGAGAGCUCAACGGCGCGAGGGGACUUUUCCCAACUUCUUAUGUCAAAAAGAUAUAG